AUAUUCACCCAAAAAAAAACUUUGAGCAACGUGUUUUGGAAAGCAAAGAUGGGAUGUUUAGACAUGGAGUAUUAUAUGCCAAUAAUGGUUAUGGUAUUGAUACAGUUUAUAUAUGCAGGUAUGAAUCUUGGCAUAAGAGUCACCCUUUUGGAGGGUAUGAGUCCCAACGUAUUUGUAGUAUACCGUAGUGCUUUUGCAACCAUUUUUCUUGCUCCCAUUGCUUAUUUCUCUGGGAGAAACUCUGCCUCUUAUUCCUUAAAUUUAAGGAGUUUUUCCUUGAUUUUCAUGACCUCACUAAUUGGCGUUACAUUGACUCAAAAUCUAUAUUUUGAGGGUCUAUAUCUAUCUUCUUCUUCAAUUGCAAGUGCCAUGACCAAUCUUAUUCCUGCAGUCACAUUUGUUAUAGCAGUCCUUGCAAGAAUGGAGAAAGUCAACAUUCGAAGUUUGAGAACUAUAGCCAAAAUAGUAGGGACAUUAAUAUGUGUUUGUGGAGCAUUGUCUAUAGCAUUGUUGAAGGGUCCAAAGCUACUAAAUGCAGAAAACAUACUACCUACAAAAUCUAUCAUGGCCAUAACCUCCGGUAGUGAUGAUAGUUGGUUGCUUGGAUGUGUGUAUCUUUUGGGAAGUAGUGUUGCCUGGUCACUUUGGCUCAUUUUGCAGGUUCCAGCUUAUGCAAGUCAUCCCAAUUAUUUAUCACUUUCAGCAUGGAUGUGUUUCAUGGCAACAUUACAAUCAGCAUUAGUCACACUAUUCUUAGAGCCAGACCUUAAUGCAUGGAAAAUUAAUUCUCUACUUCAAUUUGGUUGCGCUUUAUAUGCAGGAAUUAUGGGGUCUGCAUUUGUAUUUUGUCUCCAAGCAUGGUGCAUUACAAAGAGAGGACCUCUCUUCUCUGCAGUGUUUAGUCCUCUCUUAACAAUUCUUGUGACUAUAUUGGCUGUCUUGUUGCUUCAUGAGGAAAUAUACAUUGGAAGCUUGAUAGGCGCAAUUGGAGUGAUCAUUGGCUUGUAUGUCGUGCUUUGGGGUAAAGCGGAAGAUGUAGUCCAUGUCAAACAGAAGAUAGAUCCAAAAUCUAUGGUUACUCAGACAGAGGAAGUGAAAAUUUUGAUAACCGAUUUGAAAGAAACUCUUUUAGCAGAUGAAUCUACAUUACAACGUUGAUUGAAAAAGGAAUCAAUGAAUGUCAUUCCAUAAUUUUUUAGCUUAAUUAAAAUUAAUGUCAUCAUCACUGUAUCUUUUUUAUGUUUGCUUUCCAUGAUAUAGCUGAAGAGAAUAACAGUUGAAGUUACUUUUUUA